AUGCUCAAGCGCAUUGUUGGAUUGCCUACAAGGCGUUGCUUCCACAGAACGUCCUUUUUGCUGGGUGGUGGUGACUUUGAAACCGUCCAUAUUCCCAAUACAAAUCAUUUUAAAGAUUUACUUAUAGAGAACGGUAAAUUUCAAGAGGAUCAGGCAACAACGAUAGUAGAGAUAAUGACAGACGCUAUUAGAGGCGGUGUGAAUCAUGUGUCACAGGAUCUGGCAAAGAGAGAAAAAUUGACGCAACUUAGCUAUCAACAGCGUGUUGAUUUUGCGAAAUUAAGAGAUCAGCUAUUGAGUGCUGACAGAAGUGAAUUUCAUAAUAUUCAGAACGAAUACGAGAGUGUGAAAAACGAUUUGGAGAAGUUGAGAAACAAACUAAGGGAAGAAAUUACCAAAACCAACGCAGGUUUCAAACUGGAUUUGUCCUUAGAAAAAGGUAGAAUUAGGGAAGAAAGUAGUCAUCACGAUUUGCAAAUAAAAGAAAUUGACACGAAAAUCGAGCAAGAAGUGACAAAUAUGAAGAUGCAGAUUGAUUCUGUAAAGACUCAGGUCAUGCAAUGGCUGAUAGGUGUCUGUACAGGUACGUUUGCACUUGUAUUAGCAUACAUGAGAUUAUUAACAUAG